AUAGAAAAAUUAUAGAAUUACAAGAUCAAGGACUAGGUAAAAUUGAUCAGUCAAAAGGUUUAACAGCAGAAGAAAUUUGUCAGAUUAUAUUAUAUCUUGAAUAUGAUGCACAAACAGCAUUAAAACUUACUUGGAAAGCUUUUUCCUGGAAUACAUACUUACUAGAAUUUCAUACUGAUCAACUUAAUAAUAAAUUUAAGCUGAUUCAAGAUCUUUGUAAUUAUGUUAAUUUAUGUCCAUCAGAUAUAUGCGAAUAUUUUUAUUUGCAAUUAACAAGGAAUACUCAAGAAAUUAAUAAUGGAAACUGGUUUGGUAAAGAAAGAUUAGAAAAAAAUACUUUAAACAAUAUGAUAAAAAAAAUUGCUCAUAUCUCAGGUAUUAACAUUACUAAUCAAAUAAUUACUAAUCAUUCAGGAAGAAAAACUGCUAUUCAACUUUUAUCAGAUCUUAAUAUUAAUGAGCAUGAAAUGAU